AUGCCUUCUGUCAAGAACCCCAACGGCCCGUCCAAGAACCGCGUCGCCGCCCGUGCGGCCAAGGUCCGCAAGGCGAGCCAGAAGCGCUCCGAGUCGAGCAAGCACAAGAUUUCCAACAUUGACGUGCAGCGCGGCGCCCGUCCGGGCCUCCUGCCCAACAGCGGGCCCAACGCCGCCAUCAGCUCCAAGAAGGCGCGCAAGCUGCAGAAGAAGCUGGGCCACGCGCUGCGGCGCAAGAUGGCGGCCGAAGGCGAGGCUGUCAUGGCUGAUGCCCCGGAAGGCGGAGAGGAAGUCAGAAAAGGACCGGACGAGACUGAGAUGGACGGCAUCCAGUAA